UCAAAAAGGAUUUUGCCAUGAGCUACACCAAUUUCAUUUAUGGGCGACACUGAGUCUUCUGCUUAAAAAGAAACAUCUUUGGUUAUAAUUCGAGGGUCAUCUGACCCGCCCGCCUGAAGGGUCAAGAUGGGUGUAGCCGAUGAAGAGAUAGCGCCCACUUUUACGAAGAAACCGACUUUGCGCGAAGAAGACGACGGUAAUAAACUCGUCUUCGAGUGCGAGCUGGUCUCUAAUCCCAAGGCUUCAUUUCAAUGGUAUAGAGGAGAUGUGGCUUUGCACGAUGACCAGAGGACUAAAGGGACCUCAAAAGAAAUAGGACCAAACAAAUAUAAAAUUACUCUCGAGUUGAACGAUGUUUUCGAAACAGAUGCAGGAAUGUAUAAAGUGACUGCAAAAAAUAAGUACGGAGAAGUUUCUGCAUCCAUCAAUCUAAACUUUAGUCCUGCUGAUCAACCCCAUGACUACCAAACCGAUGGCAUCCCUCCGACAUUUGCCAAGAAACCUUCGAUUCGCCAAGAAGACGAAGGAAGACGUCUUCUUUUCGAAUGCCGAAUUUUAGCUGACCCGAAACCCACAGUAUAUUGGUUCCAUGACAAUAAUCCUGUGAAGGAAUCUUCCAGGUGUAAGGUUAAGCUUGAUAAAGAUGGAAAUGCAUAUUUUUCUACAUUAACAAUUGAUGAUGUUACUAUUGAAGAUGCAGGGAAGUACAAAGUCACUGCCAAAAAUGAGCUUGGUGAAAGUCAUGCUACAAUCAGUCUCAACUUUGAUAGUGAAGAUGAAGGCAUUCCAAGUGAAGGGACCAGACCUUUAUUCACAGAGAAACCUAUCAUCAAAGGUGCCGAUAACUUUAAAAAGGUUGCCUUUGAAUGUCGGUUAGUGGCAGAUCCUAAGCCAACAAUACAAUGGUACCACAAUGGCAAACCUAUUUCUGAUGGUGGAAGAUAUAAAUAUGGCCUUAUUUCUGAUAAACAUAAUCAUGUUGUGUCAUUAGAAGUUCAAAAUGUUGUUGCUGAAGAUGGUGGAGAGUACAAAGCUGUUGCCACUAAUAAACAUGGUGAUGGUCAUGCAAAUAUUACACUGAACUUUGAAAAUGACAAACCUCAGUAA